AUGGAUGUCUCAGGUGCUGUGCAAUGGUGGGAGGAGUGGCAGCUGCGCAUCCUCGUCCUUGGUAGCCUGGUGAUUCAGUACAUCCUCCUCGUUGCUUCCUGCGCGCGUAAGUUUCCCAUCAGAUCCUGGUUUAGACCCGUCAUCUGGCUAGCGUACCUGGGCAGUGAUGCUGUUGCAAUCUAUGCGCUCGCGACCCUCUUCAACCGCCACAGUAAGCCGCAGCAGGAGGAUGGGGAUGGCGGCAGCAGCAUCCUGGAGGUGUUGUGGGCGCCUAUCCUCCUGAUACACCUCGGUGGACAGGACAGCAUCACCGCCUACAACAUCGAGGACAACGAGCUGUGGACGCGGCACAUCCUCACCUCAGUGUCUCAGGUCACUGUGGCUGUCUAUGUCUUCUGCAAAUCAUGGUCAGGUGACGACAAAAGGCUGCUACAAGCGGCAAUAUUGCUCUUCAUUUGUGGUACCCUCAAAUGCAUCGAGAAGCCCUUGGCUCUCAACAGGGCUAGCAUUAACAGCUUGGUAAGCUCCGGCGAGCCUGUUCAGCGGUCAAUAAACACUCAGAAGCUCAAAAUUGAUCCACUUGAAGAUUUUAUUGACAAAGCAACCAGUUCUGCUGAGGAUAAUAGUUAUCUUUUAACACCAGCCAUGCCGGUGGACUUCACUCCUUAUAAGUUAUUUGUGGACCAUGCAUCUCCUUCUGCUGAUGAUCGGAUCAGGAUACUACUGACCUUUUCAGCACUUGAUGACAUCGAUGCGUACUGUAAGAUGCAGCAUUGGCUCUCUCAGACGUUCCAACUGCUCUACACCAAAGAAAAGACGAUCCCCAGCAUUCUCCGGCAUGUGGUCUUUAGCCGCGACACCAAUAUCAGAGAAAUGAAAUCUUCAACCGGUGACACACCUUUUGACCAAGGAGUAGAAGUCCAAGUAUUUUUUGGUACGUGUCUGCGUGGACUAAGUAUGUACCUUUUAUUUCCAGCCGUAGCCCUCUUCCAUCACAGUCACAGAGAAGCUUAUAGUGAAUAUGAUGUGAAGGUUACGUAUGCCGUGCUAUGCUGUACCGCUGCAAUGGAGUUUUUCGGCAUGUGCCUAAAGGAGAUGACAAUGUGCCUAAAGGAGAUGACAAGGGUCAUAUUAAGUCCGGAGCUACCAGCAGCCAGGCUUGAAAAUGGUGAUAUGGUUUCCCAAUGCAACCCUGUAGAGCAUCAUGUCAGCAUGGAACAUUACAACAUGAUAAGGUUAAGAUUUCUAUUUGAUGAUAUGGUUUCUCAGUACAACCUUAUUGGGCUUUUUAUCCGCAACAGGAAGUAUUCCAAGAUGAUGAAGGUCGUGGGAGUCUUGGGAUGCACCAACUCCCUUCAACAACGUUGGUGCAUGAAGUCUUGCUCCUCAUCCUUGAGCAUUACAAAGUUAGUGCUCAAGUAUGUGAAAGGUGGGUGGGAGCAUCACAUAAGAGAUGUUUCCAGUUACAGGAAGUUCAAUGACAACAGGGGCCAGUUUACUGUUGAGCGCCAAGGAUGCUACCAGGAACUGGGAUGGAGCUUAGAGGGUGCAUUCGACGAGAGUGUUCUUCUCUGGCAUCUUGCCACAGAUUUCUGCUACCAUGACAUUGGUGCAUCUCGUUCUUACCAUGGAUCUUGGUGCACGCAAGAUUCAUGUCCUCAUGUUUAUGCAUGCCCUGCUUGGUGCAAAAGAUCUGAUUAUCACGAAGGGGCUGUCUGGUGCAGAGAAAUGUCCAACUACAUGAUGUAUCUGCUGUUUGUGAAUCCUGAGAUGCUAAUGGCAGGCACCAGACGUAAUCUUUUCACAGCCGCUUAUGAGGAACUGGAAGGCAUCGACAUCAAGAUAGACAAGCCACCGGUAGAGGAAAGAGAGGUUACACCUGCAAUGCGAAGAGAACGCCGCCGUAAUAAAGUGUUGUCUGGUCUCCAGAAGGAAACACAGCUUACUCAGAGGAUAAUUGGUGUGUUGGAUAGUGGAGGAUCUCCACCUGCAGAUGGUACCCAACAGAAAAAAGGAAUUAUCCAUGAUGCUUGGACUAUUGCCAAAGUGUUGUGUGGUCUGCCUGAAGAGAAGAUGUGGACUGUUAUCGAAGGUGUGUGGGUGGAGAUGAUGUGCUUCUCUGCUGCUAGAUGCAGAGGAUACCUGCACGCCAAGGGUUUGGCCACAGGCGUGGAGUACCUCACCUAUGUCUGGCUCCUGCAAUACUACAUGGGCAUGGAGACUUUGGCAGACAAACUGCAGAGGGCGGAUCAUCAUCAUCAUCAUCAUCGCAACGGAGGAGAGAACGGGGAUGGUCCUUCAACUUCUCGUGUCAGAAGGGAGGCCACUGGACAAGAGCAAGCUGCUGGUCCAUCAAGAUCAAGUGGUGGCGCCACUGACGAAGAACGUGCUGCCGGUCAAUCCUCCACUCACCAGGGCACUGACGCCACAGGGGAAGAAAUGGUCUAA